AUGGCCUCCAUCCCGUGCACCAUCCAGCUCGCGACCAAGACGGCGUCCUCGUCGUCGGGGUGGAGGUCGCCGCGGGCGGCGCGGGGAGGGCUGAGGGCGGCGCAGGUGGGCGGCGCCGCAGCGUGGCUGCGGCCGUCACUGUUGAGCAAGGUGGCGCCGGCGAGGGAGAGCGGCAGGGUGGGGUUCUUCAAGUUCGGGAACAAGGACGCGGAGGGCGCCGGCAUCUACGGCAGCCAGGCGAGGGACGACUUCGACCGCGACGACGUGGAGCAGAGCAUCCACCCGGUGGACAUCCUGCUGAUUCUGGCCGCCUCCGAGGGCGACUUGCCCAAGAUCGAGGAGCUGCUCAAGGCCGGCGCCAAGUACGACGUCAAGGACGCCGACGGGAGGACGGCGCUGGACCGUGCUAGCGGCGAGGUCAGGGAGUUCAUCACCGGCUUCGCCGUGGCCAAGAAGGCAUGA